CGCUGAGCCUUUGCCUGCCCUCAGCCCUUUUGCCUUCAGCCAGUAGUGAGCGUGAUCGCGGGCUCUUCCGCCGGGGCGUGGGGUCAAGGGUUACGCAAAAUGGCGGCGCCCAGGGGCUGCUGAGGCGUGAAGCAGAGGAUGGCACUGGUAGCGCUGGCGGUGGGACCUCGGCUGGGGCGCCGGCUGACGGGUCCGGGACCCGGGCGAGGGCACUGGACCGCGGCCCGGCGCUCCCGGAGCCGGCGCGAGGCGGCAGAGGCCGAGGCAGACGCGCCCGUGUUCCAGUACGUGGGCGAGCGUGCGGCCCGCGUCGACCGCAUAUUCGUGUGGGGCUUCAGCUUCUCCGGGGCACUGGGCGUGCCCACCUUCGUGCUGCCCGGCUCCGGGCCCCAGCCCCGCGCCGGCUCGCGGCCGCCCCGCAGGAUCCAGCCGGUGCCCUACCGCCUGGAGCUGGACCAAAAGAUUUCAUCAGCUGCUUGUGGCUAUGGGUUCACAUUGCUGUCUUCUAAAACCAAAGAUGUUACGAAGGUUUGGGGUAUGGGACUCAACAAAGAUUCUCAGCUUGGAUUUCACAGGAGCCGGAAAGAUAAAACAAGGGGAUAUGAGUAUGUUUUGGAGCCCUCACCUGUUCUACUUCCUCUCGACAGACCUCAGGAGACACAGGUGCUACAGGUCUCAUGCGGCAGAGCCCACUCUCUUGUCCUCACAGAUGGUGAAGGAGUCUUCAGCAUGGGAAACAAUUCUUAUGGGCAGUGUGGAAGAAAGGUGGUUGAAAAUGAAAUUUACAGUGAAAGUCACAAAGUCCAUAGAAUGCAGGACUUCGAUGGACAGGUGGUCCAGGUCGCCUGUGGUCAGGACCAUAGUCUGUUCCUAACGGAUAAAGGAGAAGUCUAUUCUUGUGGUUGGGGUGCCGAUGGGCAAACAGGUCUGGGUCACUACAAUAUCACCAGUGUACCCACCAAGCUGGGUGGAGACCUUACCGGAGUGAAGAUUGUCCAGGUUGCCACCUAUGGUGAUUGCUGCCUGGCUGUGUCUGCUGAUGGAGGCCUCUUUGGUUGGGGCAACUCUGAGUACCUGCAGCUGGCCUCUGUCACUGAUUCCACACAGGUGAACAUCCCCCAGUGCUUACCCUUCUCAGGAGUGGGCAAGGUGGAGCAGGCUGCAUGUGGUGGGACAGGCUGUGCUGUGCUAAAUGGAGAAGGACAUGUUUUUGUCUGGGGCUAUGGAAUUCUUGGGAAAGGACCAAACCUAGUGGAAACUGCUCUUCCAGAAAUGAUUCCACCCACUCUCUUUGGCUUGACGGAGUUCAACCCAGAAGUCCAGGUUUCCCGCAUUCGAUGUGGACUCAGCCACUUUGCUGCCCUUACCAACAAAGGAGAGCUGUUUGUGUGGGGCAAGAACAUCCGAGGGUGCUUGGGAAUCGGCCACCUGGAAGACCAGUAUUUCCCGUGGAGGGUGACAAUGCCUGGGGAGCCCAUGGAUAUGGCGUGUGGUGUGGAUCACAUGGUGACUCUGGCCAAGUCAUUCAUCUGAAUCUCCUACCUGACCCGCUCAAGCCUGUCCCUGGCCUCAUAUCACUUGGGCUGUUUAGCAGAGGCAGCCAGUGGGACUCUCAUGAGGCCCAGAGAGGAUCAGGGCCCUUCAUGAAGUGUGGCACUCUCUCCUAUAGCCCUCAGCAGGUAUGUACUGGAAGUGCUGGGAAAUGGCCUGACCUGAGGGUGAGACCUGCUGAAUUCAGCACAAGAUGGCUGCCUUUAUUGGGCCGAUCUCCAGCAAGAUGAGUCCUAGGGCUGCAUGGCCCUGGCAGGGCGAGGAUAAUAUGAAUAUCUUGGCUCUUUCCAGGGAACACGUGUCACAUCUCGCCUGAGAAAUUGGUCUUAGGAAAACUUAGAGCUCUCGUGGCAUGCCAUUUUAUUUGAUCUUAUGAGGCCUGACAGAAUGUAGUGCUCAGGAGGGCUUCUGUAGCCUCUCAGAUCACAGCAGAGCUCUUGGUGGGUAUCUGGGCAGGCUGUGCGUAGGCACCAGGCUGAGCCCCAGCCUGACUGAGGGAGCCGGCCGGCUUCGGCUUGGAGUUUUCAUUCAGUUACCUCCUGCCUACCAAGCUAUUCUGGUCAGCUGCUCAAAGCCGGUUCACUGCUGGGACACGCACCAAAAUCACUUGGACUGAGGUUCUCCCUGAAAAUAUCGAUGGAUGCCAGCUUGGUACCCCAUGGGCCCACAGCUGUCACCAGCGUCGUAACCAUUCUCACUGCCCAUCUUGGAAAGUGGAGAUGCUCCUGCAGGAGGAAGAUUGAGGCCAGAUUCUUAUGGGCUGAGGGCUCUGAACACAUCCUGCAAAAGCUUGGCUGGAGUGCCAACCUUAGAGAAGAAAGAUUCUAAAAUUGUGAACAACAUUUGAGAUAGUAACUUGUCUUAUUCUUCAAAAAAGUCUUAAAAAAAAAUAUCUUUGGGAAUAAAGUCUAUUUUCUGCCUUUUUAUUUUUAA